AUGUCUAAGGCAGCAGUAGAUCCUGCUUCCUCCGUGACGCGGCUGUCAUUCGUGCAGAAGCUCGAUUUGCUCCCAGCUCUAGUCUCAAUCCUGGCUGUGGGCUUUCUGUCGUCCUUUACCGGUCUCGUUCGAGGUAAGAAGGGGGCACCGAGCCUCCACCUUCACAUCGGCUAUGCCAUCUUGCGGAAAGCGACGACUCGCCUGUCCCCGCUUCAGCUACAAUUAGUCUCUCCGUCCACGGAGGCUAUGUACCUACAGUAUGUUCGAUCCGCGCGACUGACUCCCAGGACGGUGGAUUUAGGCGGUGGUGCUAAGGGUCACUGGCUCGGAGAUCCGCAUGCGAAGAAAGUGUUGGUUUGGUAUCACGGAGGAGGCUUCUGCCUACCGGCCAACAUGGGCUAUUUCAAGUUCUUUGAAGGGCUUAUCUGGUCCGCUCGCACCUCUGGCUAUGACCUCGCAGUUUUCGUCCUCUCCUACACCCUGGCGCCACACGCACGGUACCCGCAACAACUGGUUCAGGCAACCGAGGCCUUGCGACAUAUUGUGAGUCGAACACACCGCGGCCCAGCUGACGUGCUGGUGGGCGGAGAUUCGGCAGGAGGAAACCUGGCAGUCGGCGUGCUGUCGCACCUGUCUCAUCCCCAUCCUGCCAUCCCUGAGCUGAAACUGGAUGAGCCACUAGCGGGCGUCGUACUGAUUUCGCCCUGGACAUCUCUUGAGGCGAGUCCUACUGGGGUAUCUAACAACAUUGGGGACCUGAUCACAACGCAAGUUGCGGGUCCGUGGUCAAGUGCAUAUCUCGGCGACACCAGCAGAGACUACUACACUGAUGCCUCCCUUGCCCCCUCGACUUGGUUCGAAAAUCUCCAGACUAAGCAUAUACUAGUGCUGGGAGGUGGUAACGAGAUUAUGAGGUCUAUGAUUGAAGAUUUUGUACAGAAAGUCGAGAUUGGCUUCCCUUCGGUGGAGUUAUUUAUCGGAGAGCGGGAGGCCCACGUUGCCCCCGUGUUCAACUUGUACGUAGGAUCUAAGAUGGAGACAGAGCAAGGGAAGAAAUUGAAGGAGUGGCUCAAGAACCUCCUCUAG